CCGGGCGUCCCUCCCCGCGCCUCACGCGGAUCUCCGCCCGCGCCCCCUCCCCUCCGGCCACAUUUCCGCCCGCGCCGCGUCCCCUCCGGCUGCACUUCCGCCUGCGCCCCCUCCCCUGGCGACGCAGUCCCUGCGGCUCCGGGCGAUCCCAGCGCGACCCUCGAGCUCUCGGGCGGGGCCGCGGGCUGCCGGGCGCGGAGACGGCGGCCGGGUCCCCAGGCGCCGAGCGCUCCUCCCCCGGCGCUUCCCCUCCCGCCGCAGCUGGUCCGGCCGCUGCUGCCUGUCGCCGUCAAGCGCGGCAUCGGCAAGAUGGCGGCGCCCAGGCCGCCGCCCGCCCGGCUGUCCGGCGUCAUGGUGCCCGCGCCCAUCCAGGACCUGGAGGCUCUCCGCGCGCUGACGGCGCUCUUCAAGGAGCAGCAAAAUCGAGAAACUGCGCCCAGGACUAUCUUCCAGAGAGUCCUGGGUAUCUUAAAGAAAUCCUCUCAUGCCGUCGAGCUGGCCUGCAGGGACCCGUCCCAGGUGGAGCAUCUGGCUUCCAGUCUGCAGCUGAUAACGGAAUGCUUCCGGUGUCUCCGCAAUGCUUGCAUAGAGUGUCCUGGGAACCAGAACUCCAUCAGGAGCUUGGAUACGGUUGGCGUAGCUGUGGAUUUGAUUCUUCUUUUUCGGGAACUGCGAGUGGAACCAGAGGCACUGCUGACAGCUUUCCGCUGUGGCCUGCAGUUCUUAGGCAACGCCGCCUCGCGGAACGAGGACUCCCAGGCCGUCGUUUGGGCUCACGCCUUCCCGGAGCUCUUUCUGUCUUGCUUAAAUCAUCCAGACAAAAAGAUUGUUUCCUACUCAUCAAUGAUUUUGUUCACAUCCCUUAAUUCUGAAAGAAUGAAAGAACUGGAAGAAAACCUCAACAUUGCCAUUGAUGUCGUGGAUGCUCACCGAAAGCAGCCUGAGUCCGAGUGGCCGUUCUUGAUUAUUACAGACCAUUUUCUGAAAAGCCCGGAAUUGGUCAAAGCCAUGUAUGCCAAAAUGAGCAGUCAAGAAAGGGUGACGUUGUUGGACGUUAUAAUCGCCAAAACAGCAGGUGAGGAGCCCCUGAGCUCGGAUGACGUGCCUGCGUUUCUGAGCCACGCUGAGUUGAUUGCAGGCACCUUCGUGGAUCAGUGCAAGAUGGUGCUGAACUUGGCCUCCGAGCAGCAUGACGAUGAGGAGGCACUGGCCACGAUCAGGCUCCUGGACGUCCUGUGCGAGAUGACGGCGAACACAGACCUGCUCGGCCACCUGCAGGGUUACCCUGGCCUGCUGGAGAGGGGCAUUGAGCUUUUACGGCUGAUCCACGCAGCUGGCAAUGACGGCACGAACCUCUUCAGUGCCUCCGGCUGUGUGAGGGCGGAAGGUGACGUCAGCAGCGCGGCCGAGGGCUUCAAGUCCCACCUCAUCCGUCUGAUCGGAAACCUGUGCUACAGGAGUAAAGACAACCAAGACAAGGUCGGCGAGCUGGACGGCAUCCCCCUGAUCCUGGACAGCUGCAGCCUGGACGACAACAACCCCUUUCUGACCCAGUGGGUGGUGUAUGCCAUCCGGAACCUCACGGAAGACAAUAGCCAGAACCAGGAUCUGAUUGCCAAGAUGGAGGAACAGGGGCUGGCUGACACGUCCCUCCUGAAGAAGAUGGGCUUUAAAGUGGAGAAGAGGGGUGACAAGCUGGUCCUGAGAGCUACCGGCGACGGCCCUCCAUCGUGAGUGAACUCUGCAUCCACGGGUCUAAAGUUUUGGAGUCUUUUCCUGGAUUUUUCAUCCUCGGCAGCAUGUGAAAUUGCAAGUGUUUGAAGAUCAAGUACAAAUUCAGGGACUCACAAUGCUUCUAGACACUAGAGUUAAAUGUGUUUAAACUUAAAAGUGAAAGUGUGUGAGUGUUCUCUUGUCCCUCUGCUUUAAAAAUGUAGCUGUACGUCCCAGACUGUACCGCUGUGGAGGCCGCCCCGACCUGGCGGAGGCGCAGGCGUUUGCUGGGGUCCCGUUCGCUCCUCCGGACGCGAGGCCGCCUCGCUCCUUUUGUUUUCCUCUUCCCACUGCCUUUCCCGAGCUCGCGGGCAGCUGAGGGAGUUCUCACCGUGAUUAACUCUCACUGCCUCCUUUCACGCUCCGCCUGUCCAAAGCAUGACAAGACUCAUUUCCAGUUGAUUAAUUCCAGAGAUGCUAGAGAGUGGCGCUCACUCCCUGUUCGGUGUAGGUGCUGGGCUGUGUCGUCACCGAGCCCUGUCCCUUUGGAGUUUUGCAGGGAGUCAGAGGACAUGGGGGCCAUUAACUCUUUUCAUUCCACAUCAUCCUAGAAACAGACUUGUUAAAACCCAUCCUGUUUGAAAGCGCCUGCCUGCCCGCAUUGCCCACCUGCGUGCCUCCACGAGGGGCAGGCGGCCGGGUGGUCGGCACUGAGUGCGGGCCCCAGAUCGAAGGCACACGGGUGGCUUCUGUUUAAAAAGCACCUGUCCCGUAGAGGCCGCCGCCCCGUCACUGGGAUUGCAGAGGUAGUUUGGGGAGCGGGAAUUUGUGUGACCUAGAUGGUCCGUGUGUCUUAGUCUCUGCGCACACACUCACAUUGGAAGUGGGACGGGAUGCCGGGAGCCAGGCCAUUAAUGCCAGCCAGACGUCUUGGGGUUCGUGCUGUGAACGCCCAACACAGCUGAUCUCCUCGACCAGCCAGGUUACGGACUCACCCCCGGAGGUUUUGCACAGUGUGUGUUGAAUCUUCAACAUAAAAACAGCAAAGAGCCAGUCAGACAUUUUCCAAAAAUACUGGGUGUCCAAAGUAAAGUGCUGCCAAGUCUCUCAUGGCCAUCCUGAAAUCGCUCUGUACAAAUGACCCUAGCAUGUUAAGAUGGAAAUAAACGUGUCCCUUCCACUGUG